CCAGGAGUUCCUUCCAUUCUCUCUCUGCCUUUUCUGUGUGUACAGCCUGUCUCCAAAUUACAGCCACCAUGUGUGAUGACUUGCUUGGUACCUGGAAAUUGGAAGAACCUGAUAAGGAAAAUUUUUCUAAAUAUAUGGAGAAAUGUGGCGUGCCUUUUCUCACACGGACAACUGCUGGUGCGUUGAAGCCGGAUGUGACCAUUUCUAAAGAUGGCGAUAACUGGUCUAUAAAAACAGAAAGCACAUUUAAGUCAACGGAUCUUUGUUUUCCAUUAGACAAACAGUUUGAUGAAACCACUGCAGAUGGCAGGAAUGUUAAGACUACUGUAAAAUGUGAAAAUGGUGCGUUAGUACAACGGCAGGAAUGGGAUGGAAAAGUGUCUAUAAUAACACGACAAGUUAAAGAUGGCAACAUGAUAACUACUUGCUCAAUUGACGAUGUGAAAUGUGUUCGGAUCUACAAAAGAAAAUAAAACUACCUGUAUAGACUUAACUAUAAAAUAUAGGCUCAGUUCAAUGAGCCUAAUGCAGGCCCUUAUCAAUCUGACUUGACAAGUAAUUUGAUGUCAUCUGUGCCAUGUAAACAAAUAAACAUUAUUCUCUAA